AUGAACUCGGUUAAACAAGAGUUGAUUUAAAAAUAGAAAACCCAAUGUGGUGGUGAUGGAAUUUUUAUGGAAGACACAUAACUUUGGCUUAAACUCAUCCGUCAGAUCAAUCGCACGCUCCAUAUAGUGCCACGUGUCCACUGGUUCCUUAUUAAUUUCUUUGGAGAAUAAAUCACAACGAGUCCCAAAUCAGCACUCGCCGUCGUUCUGCUUCCACCCACCAUCGCAGUCCUGCAAGUCACUGCCUUGCUUGACGUUGCCGGAGUUCCGAGUGCCGCCGUCAAGAUAUGCACUGACGUCGUCCCUGGAGUUUCUCCACCUCCACCGCUUUAUCCCCAAAUACACGUCCUUACUUUUCGCAGUCUCCCAAUCAUAAGAUUAAUCAAAUGGUACAUAUUCAAUGCUAUAGAGUGAACAAGAGGUAGAAUAAUCAGAGAGGAUCCACAUCCAUCACACCACACGUCUCUUUCUGAUGAGAAUGAAAUCAGAUUCUUAACCUCUUCAUUCACUCUCCCAAGUACCACUCCUCGUAUCAUAUCCUCACAUAUUACUAUGAACUUGUCUUUUUUGUCGAAUGAUCAACAUCAAAUAAUGAAGACACUUCUUGUUUCAUUGCUGAGGUUGUCUUGGAUCGCUGCUACAUUGCCUAUUAUCAUCGUUUCCAUUCCCAUUCCCAACCUCAACUUUCUUCGCCAAAUCUUGUUGGGGUUUGCAAAGAGAGGAAAAACUUCAUCUUCUUCUCAAAAAUUUACUGUUCCUCAGAGAUUCUUCCUGCAUUUCUAUGUUGUGUCUUCAAUAUGGACAACGUUUCUGCUUGUUGCAACUUGGAUAUAUGCUUAUAGAAUGGCGCCACUAGUUGCAGACCCAUUAUCUUAUUCUACUUUAACUGGUUUUUUGACUGGAGGUUUAACUAUUAGACAUGGCUCUGAUAAACUCCGGGAGGGAUAUGUUGCUUGGCAAGCUGUUUUUCUGCUUUUGCUUAUGGAAGCUCAAGUUCUAAGACGGCUUUUUGAAACUAUACAUGUGUUUAAUUACAGCCCGUCUGCUCGCAUGCAUAUCAUUGGUUAUCUCACUGGAUUGUUUUACUACAUAGGAGCACCAUUAUCACUGUGUGGUGAUUGUGCAUUGGAGGUUUUUGACUUCUUAUUAAAUCUAGUGACUGAGUUCAUUGUCAAAGGCAAGAAUCAGAUGCCAGUACCGGAGAUAGAAUUCUCGCUACUUUUAAAUCCCCUCACCAGGCUCGGGUGGAAACAUUGGAUUGGUGCGGCUAUUUUCUCUUGGGGAUGGAUUCAUCAAUAUCGGUGCCAUAAGAUUCUUGGUUCUCUGCGCGAGUCAAGACAAGCAGAUGAAUAUGUAAUUCCUCGCGGUGAUUGGUUUGAAAUCGUUUCCUCUCCACACUAUCUCUCUGAAAUUGUUAUCUACGCCAGUUUUGUGGUUGCUACUGGUGGAUCAAAUCUGACAAUAUGGCUACUUUUUGCUUUUGUGGUGGCCAAUCUGGCAUUUGCAGCCGUGGAAACACAUAGCUGGUAUCGUCGUAAAUUUGAAGAUUAUCCGAGCAGUCGUUUUGCUAUUAUUCCAUUUAUUCUCUGAGAUUGUGAGGCAAAGUGUAAUUAACUCAAAAUAUUGAUGUAAAGAAAACUUUAUCACUUCUCAAGAAUCAAGAUGUACAUUGUUUUUUUUUUCACCAGAAAAAAAUAUGAGCACGAGUCCAUUAGUUACAUUCAA